ACGGCAUGAACUCUUCCCUUUCUGCUUGAUUUUUUAUCAGUAGUAUAUUGUUGCAAAGAUUUUCUGUUUUUUUAAUUUCUGUUUCAAUGUGUUCUCCGCUUCUUCUCUCUUUUCAAUCUUGUUCUUAGUGAAAACUAUAUAAAGAAUUUUUACUUUCUUCUCUGGCCUCUGUUCAUUUGUCCUUCCAAUCUUUCUGACCAUGCUGUUCUUUUUCUCUUUUUUUUUUGUUUGUAAGGCCCCGGCCAGAGAUGUCAAGGUUGCCUGUGCUAAUCCGGGCACGGAUCCUGACAGCAUGGGAGACUUCUCCGGUGAGGAACUGGUGAAGAAUCUCGAGGAGUCGAGGAGCAAGAUGUUUACGACUCCCCGCGUCUACCACUCCCCGCUGACCGAUGACGAGGCCUGGGUGCGGGAAGCCCUGGAGGACGUCGCAGACCAAGGAUACGCGCUCCUCCUACAAGUGGCUGAUUGCCUCAGGCCUGCGCCCAAGACUCGCCUGUACGAGCUUCUCUUUACAGUUGGUGAUAGGCUUAACUUCGUGAGCCGAGGGGGUGCUGCUUAUUCGUUGGGCCUCUCCUUCUUCGUGAUCAGGAGUUUGGAUGAGCUGCGCAGAAUUGUGUCGUCAGCGUGCGGCAAGUCCCUCCCUCUCACUGCGACUCUAGUCCGUUUGGAGAACACCCCUUUGGAGAACACCGUCGAGAACGAGAUGGUCUCGUUGGUGCAGCACUUCUACGAGACCGUCGAGUAUGAUGUGAGGGCAAUGCUAACCAUCGAGUGAUCCACCGUCAAGAGCGGCAUCGACAACAUGAUGGCUUGUGUUUGUCGUUGCUGUCGGUGUUGAUCGGCCUGAAUUCUAUCUCGGUUUCUACUCUACUUUGGUGCGUUCUAGUAGCUGUUAGAUUAGAAGUAGUGCUUUGCAAUGUGUCUCGUCUGCUGUCGUUAGUCUAUCCAGGCCGUGUGUUGUUGGUCCAUGGGCUCAUCUAUCAGUCCUACUAGCUACUAGCGAAUUCGGCCCUUGUUGGUCAAGCAGACUGCUUAUGUUUGUUUCAUGCCGUACUCUGUUGUCCA